CACACCUUCUGCUGUCUCAGAGAGGAUGCUGUAGAGGAGCAGAUAUUACUCUACGAGGUCCUUUAGAAAAGAAGUGCAGACAGUCGAGAUGACAGCAAUCGAGAGUAAAGAGGAGAUCAGUGACACUGACAGUGGGAUUAUCGUCCACUCUGGUCCAGACAGCCCUACGUCCCCAGGGAAGGACCUGAUCACACACACCAGAGCCCUGAAGCUGAAGCACCAGUCUCUGGAGGAGCGUCUGGAGCUCUGCCUGCUGGAGCUCAGGAAGCUCUGCAUCAGGGAGGCAGAGCUGACUGGUAAACUGCCUUCAGAUUAUCCUCUGAUGCCAGAUGAGAAGCUUCCUCGGGUCAGAAGGAGGAUUGGAGCUUCAUUCAAGCUUGACGAAGGUCUGAUCCAUCUGAAUAAACAGGAUUCAGAGCUGCAGGGGCUGGAAACUGACUUGGCUCUUCAGAGGCAGAUUUACGAGGCGGCCCGCAAACUCUCCCUGGAGGGGAACCUCAGCAAACCACAGAAGAAGAGCCGGUUGCAGCAGUUCAAGAGGGAGGAGAAGAAGGUGAAGGAUCUGCAGGAGGCCGUGUUCCAGCACAGGAUCAAGAGCGAGUGUAACUCCCCGUGCAUCAGCAUCUCAAACAACCAAAACAAAGAUCUGUGCACGUCUGAUGACAGUUCCCUGUCUGAUGUGGUGGCCCUUGAUGAUGAUGUGGACUCGCCCAGCCCUCUCUCUCCUCCUGUGAUGGUCACUUCCUAUUCAGACCCCCUCCAGCUGUCAGCAUCGACCCUGCAGUCGUCCCAGCAGUCAUCAAGUCAGCUCAGUGUGGAGUAUCUGCGCUCUCCCAUCCAGAACUCUCCCUGGAAAGAGUCCAGUCUGGAUCAGCCUUACCAGAAGCCCACAAACCCUCAGUCUGUUUGUAGCAGCAGGUCCAGUAGUCCAGCAGGAACCCAGAUGUCAGCAGAGAGCAUCAUCCCUCUGUCUCAGUUUAUAAAGAAAACGGCCCUGCGUCAGAACAACUCCACCAGCGCGCCCUCCACCCCAGAGCUUCACGUUCGCCGGCAGGGCUCCCAAUCCUUCAGACUUCCCAAAAGUAAGCCACCAGCUGACGUGGAGAACAAUCAAGGGCGAGCCAGGCUUCCCCAGCGACGCUUUGUGGCUGACUUCAUGGUGCGUUCUCCAGAGUACACGCCCUUGCGUCCUUACCAGUCCAGCUCGGAGGACAGCAGCUCGGAGCACUCGUCCUCCUCGUCCUAUAUCAGCUCUCCUGGCGUGGACGGACCCACUGAGAUCCCAAAGCUCUGCCCGCCGCCUUACGGAUUCCACUUUGGAGCACAGAAGAAAGGGCUCUCCACCUUCACCAGCUCACACAAGAACAACAACCAGUCUCAGUCCGGCCAUGGCUACGUCAGAGCAAACGCUGAAGACGGCCCCCUCUCCCCUCAAGGCCUGGACAUGGGAAAGAGCUUCCUGUCCCCUCAUCCUCCACACAGCCCUCAGCAGAGACAGUGGGAGGGGGGAGCCUCAUCCCCGAGGAGAACCCCAAAGCCCCCUCCACCUUACACCAGGCUGGUGCGUACGCCCUCGCUGAAUGAGUACCCGAACCACGCCUUCAGGCUAAUGCCCAGGGACAUUGUGUCGGAGGAGUUGAAGUCAUGGCAUCAGAGGAAUCAGCUGCAGAAGUUAAGACCGGGCUGCCUGGACCAGCAGAGCUCCUUCAGUGUCAUGAGCCCCACUUCAGCUCAUCUGCCUCCUUUUGAACAGGGUUCAGGUAAUGUGAUUCUCCAGCGAGCUGCAGACGGGACUCCACUUCAGUGGUUCAUUGCAGAGGAUUCUGAAAUCGUGAGCCAGGUGUAA